AUGACAACUACUAUGGCAGACGACUUCGGACCAGGUGAGUUCUACAUGAAAACCGCUGAGCCUAGACCGACCCAGUCUACACAGACGAUCGUGGAAAACGGCACCCAGACGCCCCGUUCCAUUGCAGGCACAACGAAUGGUGUCACUAGCCCCAGCAAAAGAGGAACCGGCGGUGGUGAUGACUGCCUCUGCAGUGGAGACACAGACGUGGUUGCUAAGGCGCUUGAUGAUACCGACGGCGACCGUUGUCCCACGCAUGCCGGGUCUCGACAGAGUCGUCCGCACCUGCCGUCACGGUCGCUCAGGCCAACAGACGUCGGCGCUGGCUCAGGGCAGGUUGGAGUAUGGCGGCAUUCUGGUGCUGGCCGACAUCGCAGAACUGUCAGUCUUGCCUGGCAUCGAAACAGUGGCGGAAACAGAGGCAUAGCCAGAACGCUGUGGCCUUACGGUGAAUAUGAGGUGAGACUUUUCCAUCUUGCCAGCGUUCGGUUAAGCAUAGCUCAGCAAAGGGACAGGCCCGGCUGCCGGGCAACCGGUUUGACGAAGUGUGGCAAUCAAAUAAGUCUCAUCUUAGGCUUUUUCCAUUCAUUCUUCAUGUCCGUUUGCAACCCAAGUUUGCGGCUUCUUUCUCUCCAGACUCCCUUUUUGCAUUGA